UUUCCUUUUGUUUCUUAUAUUUAGAGCACACAAAUUAACAUUCUUUUCAAUUUCAACUCAAUAAAGAGAAGAGCACUCUAGUUUGGUUUUUUGAGGUUCUUGCAAGCUCCAACAAUUUUGGAACACACACACAAAGAGACACAUAGCUAGAAAAUACUCAAAUUAAAUCUUUGUCCAUCUCUCUCUAUAUAUAACAAGGAAUAUAAUUAACAUAUUAUAUAAAAUUUAGAAAUUUUUUAGGAAAUUAAUAAAUGGAGGGUAAGAAUAAAAGUUCAGAAUUGGUAGCAUUUAUAGUGAUGGUGAUUAUGGAAGGGUGCACAAUAGGACUAACAAUUUUAGCAAAAACAGCAAUAACAAAUGGAAUGAGUCCAUUUGUUUUCAUUGUUUAUACCAAUGCUCUUUCCACUAUAAUACUCUUUCCUUCUUCCUUUUUAUUAAAACAACAACAGGACAGAAAGGAGAAGCCACUUUUUAGUUUAUCUUUGUUUAUGAGAUUCCUGUUCCUUGGUUUUACAGGAAUAACAAUGACUCAGACACUUUUAUUUCUGGGUCUAAGCUAUAGUUCUCCAAUACUUGUAUGUGCCAUGAGCCACUUGAUUCCAACAUUUAAUUUCCUGCUCAAUAUCAUUCACAGGAAGAUAGAGUUGAAUUUAAGAAGUUAUGGUAUCCAAGUACAAAUGAUUGGUAUAAUGGUAUCACUAAUGGGAGCAAUAGUAGCAGAAUUCUUCAAAGGACCACUCAUAAGACACUCUUCUCACAACCUUAGACACACUAAGCAACUUUUUGUCUUUUCUUCAACACCUGAAUUUUGGGUUUUUGGUGGCAUUUUGCUUGCUGCUGCUUCCUUCUCUGUUUCAAUUGGGAACUUUAUUCAAAAAGAAACUAUAAAGCAAUAUCCAGAACAAAUGAAGGUGGUUUCUUAUUAUACCUUGCUUGGGACAAUCCUUAGUGCAAUAGUCUCAUCUAUAUUGGAGAGAGAUGCAAAUGCUUGGAAGCUAAAGAGUAACAUGGAGCUCAUUCUCAUUGUUCUAACUGCAACAUUUGGAGGUGCGAUUCGUCCAAAUAUUCAAGUUUGGUUCAGCCGAACGAAGGGUCCACUUUACGUACCACAAUUCAAGCCCUUUGGUAUUGCCUUUGCAACCACUUUUGGAGUUUGCUUCUUUCCUAACAGCCUUCAUUAUGGAAGUGUGAUAGGAGCAAGUGUAAUUGGAAUGGGCUAUUAUACAAUAUUGUAUGGAGAAUUCAAAGGAGAUAUUGAAGAUGAAGAAAACUCAGAUUCUUUGGACAAGAAGAUUCCACUUUUGCAAGAAAAUAUGGAAGUGUAAAUCUAUAAUAAAGCUUUAAAGUAGACCUACUAUAUAUCCAGAUGCUUCCUCUAUUCUCAUGUACAUUUCAAAACUUCCUUAUUUUUUUCGUGAAAAUAUCAUUUCAAGUAAUAUACGUUUUUUUAAUACAAGUAGCAAUUUGUAACUGUAUAUAUUAUAAUACAAGUAUCUCAUUGCUAUCGAUA